GCAUAGGUGCAUGUGGGUUUUGCCAAGAGAAAGGACUGAAUUUGCGAGGUUGUACAUUCAGCCGGUGCCUUGAAUUGCAUAAAAGGCUCAAGGAAAGCUCGUUUCUCUCUGAGCUUGGAGGCCUUCCUCAUCGCGCAGAGUGACGCCCUCACUUUAGAGGCCAAUGCCACAAGGGUGCUCGCCUCAGAUAGGUUGGCAUCUCCGCCAGACCCUUAUUUCCUUCGUACUCUUUCUAGUCCUUGGAGGCGAGGAGACAUUAGCUCAGGAUACCAAUGCAACCUGCCUCAGCAGCUGGAACUGGACAUUCAAUAGCGCAGGAAAAUCGCCUUGCAAAGUCGCCUCGGAACUUCAAGGCGUGUGUGAUGCAGGAUGGUUUGUGGAUGCACUUCCCGACGGCUACCACUACGUUGGUCCAAAACUAAACACGAGCUAUGAGCCAAACUUGUGCGACUGCAGUUCUGUAGUGUACCAACUUAUGUCGGCGUGCGCUGCGUGUCAGAAUCGGACAUACAUAACGUAUCCUAACUGGGGAGCUAACUGUAGCAGCAUUGCGAUCGUGGAAGGCGAAUAUCGGCCAUCAUUGAUUCCUCCCGGCACUCUCGUGCCCAACUGGGCAUACAUUAAGCCCUCUAUCUACAAUGAAAUCUUCAACAUUGAUGCUGCACAAGGCGUUGGUGAUAAACCCGAGAGUUCUCAGGUGUUUUCGUCCACUGGCACGACAUCCAGCACGAGCUUCACAGUUUCCACCGUCACGACUUCUGCGUCCACUGACACAUACCCAACUAUUGUUACCACGACUGCCACCAACAAUGGGGGCGGUGGAGGCAGAAGUUCAAAUACUGGCGCCAUUGUAGGAGGAGUAGUCGGAGGUGUGGUUGGCCUUGCCCUGGUUGCAGUUCUCGCUAUGUUAGUUUUCAAAAGAUCAAGUUCAGGCGGGGAUCCCGCUGGCUAUCCGCAGGGUCUCUCGCAGCCUACGACCAUAGCCGGGAAUACGCAACCUGCUUCGUAUGAAGAACCUUGGGCUGGGCCGCAUGCACCCCGAAAUCCGAACGGACGGUACAGUGGCCUCCCUGAGGCCUAAGAUUUUUGUAUUCCGAACCUUGGCUUGAGGGUGGCCCCUGUUUUGGACAUCUAUCACCAUUUAAAAUGGCGCUGCUUCUGAAAUUUGUGUCGCAUUUUCAUUGGGGGAAGGGGAUGAAGGUGAAAUGGAACUCGAUCUACGAUCGUGUGCUCGCUUCGCAUUAGCAUUUACUGAGAUACCCCUGGUUAAACACAAACCGGCACCUACCUCCAACAAACCAUCAUUGCCUGGCAGACUGAUCCAUCGCUUCACCCAAUCUCGCCAUCCUGUAUUCGUAGUUUGUGCCAGUUAUGCAGUGAGAUUGAUAUGCUG